GUAUUUAAGCAAAUAAGUAUAAAUAAAUAUAACCUUUUUAGAUAAUCUCGACUCAUUUCGCACAUUAGCGGGUUGAUAUCAAGAUGAAGUGGUGUUGCGUUGUUUUUUUUGCAAUCGUAAAUGAUUUUGUUAAAGGAAAUGUGACUUAUUCUUUUAUUAGCAAUGAGUUAGUACCUGAUGUGAUACCUGUUGGCCCACCGGAAAGGGCAGAUGUGCUGUUUGAGGUGAACAAAAACUUUGUAAGGACUGCAGAAGGCAACAUUCUGACUCCAAGCGAAGUUAGGAACCCGCCAAUAUGGGUACUGUGGAGUUACACUACGACCAAAUAUUAUACUCUCAUGAUGAUCGAUCCUGACGCACCAACCCGAGAAGCCCCAACAUACCGCUCCUGGCUGCACUGGCUGGUUGUGAACAUCCCUGGUAUCUACAUCCCCAGUAGAGGAGAGACCCUCGUGGAGUAUGUGGGGGCUGGUCCCCCAAAUGGCACAGGGCUGCAUAGAUACGUGUUCCUAGUAUACGAACAACCAGGAUUGAUGGAGUUCAAAGGAGCUCCUGUAUCUUCGAACAGGACAUCUGCAAACCGAUUGUCAUUCUCGGCCGCCGAUUUCGCCAAGAAGUUUAACUUAGAGCAUCCUAUAGCUGGUGACUUCUUCCAAGCAGAAUAUGAUGAUUAUGUGCCUAUCCUCAAUAGACAAUUGAAGGGUGAAGUUAUUAGAGAUGGUGAACCAGCGUCCGCUGCUACUCAAACAAUGGUCAACCUGAAUUUAAUCUUGUUCUUAAGUUGCAUAAUGUUCAUUUUUAAAGCUAUGAAUUAAGUUGGGUAAUGUCAUUGUUUUGUAAUCAGUAAUGUGCUGUAUAGACGCGCUAAAUUGAUUGUACAAUUUUGGUCAUUCUUAAAAUGGUGAGUUUACUGAUUAAUAAUUAACUUGUAGGUACAAAUUAAAAUAAAAACAUAUAGGAUUGUAGGUAUAUAGUUACGCAGUAUAAAUUAUUUCAUUUUGUUUUCGUUAUUUGCCGAGGGCUGAUUUUUCAAACAUCAUUUUUACCUGUAGAACAAAAUUGAAUUUGACAGUUUUUAGUAUCGAAAAAUUGUCAAACAUUCAAAAUUUUUUCCUGAAUUAAAAUUUGUCUGGCGUUGGAAAAUCAGCCCUUACUUAAAGUAUUAUUUCAUUACCUCAUUAUUACUUACACAAAAUUAAUACUUUCACGUACAGUUUGGUAAAAAAGAGUGGAAUUGAUUGAGGUCGCUAGUAUCGUAGUUAUGGCAACCUGGUACACAACGACUUCAUCGGUUUUGAUAUUUGUAAUUUUUAUCCAGUUUAAAAACGGAAGGAUGUUCCGAUGAUUAUUUAUUCAUAGGAUAUAGUGGACAGGUCAUACAACAAGAGGCUCCGAAAAAUGGAACAAAAGCAUUGUGUUUUGGUACCCUAGAAAUAGAAAAAAGAAAACGAGGCAGACAGUUCAGAAGAUGGGAAGAUGAUAUAAGAACAAUAGCAGGAAAAACAUGGACUAGAACAGCGCUAAACCGAGCAGAGUGGAAAGAGAUGGAGGAGGUCUUUGCCAAAGCUGGGCAAACAGAAGAAGUUGUCGGUGUCAACGACUCACCAGAGUCACAAUUGUAAACUAUUUUAAUGUUAAUACUUUGUCUGAGUAAAGGCUUAUAUUAUUAUAGUCCGCAGUGGAUUCAGUUCAAGUCAAUAUUAGUUCCAGUUGUCACCGUCAAACUCUCUUUUAACAAGCUGUACAUAUCUUCACCACUAUGUCACUGAAUGGUAACUAGUAGGAAACUUUGAUAAUAGUCAUUAGCACCGAUUCACCCAUACAUAAAUAAAUAAUUUAAAUAAAACAUUCUUUAAUAAAUUGUCGAUUUUUAUUUACCUCAUUGUCAGUAUGAUAGUUUUCCAAAGUUUAAUAAACGAAACGUAAUAAGACUAUCAAA